AUGGGCCUGGCCAUGACCAUGAUGAUGGCUGGCUGGUUGGCUGUGGGUGUGGUGGCUGUGCAGGAUGGGAAGGUGAUUGAACAGGUCCACCUGUCCUACACCAACACGAGCUCGGCCAAAGUUGUGGAAUGGGUGGCCCCGACAAACAGUUGUCAGCUCUGCUACAACAUCAGCAACAAGCCAAAAAUCGGCUCCACCUACAGCGCUGUGAUGGAUCAGCUGCCCUUGAAUGGCACCGUGUCCUACACCAUCACGUGUGGCAACGACACUCGCGUGUUUGAUUUUAUCAACGAACCCCAACACGACAAUGGCAGCCGAAUCGUCUUCCUGGCCGACUUUGGUCUGGAUAACGAUGUCUCAAUGGAGACGCUAUUGCAACUCGCUGCAGCCGAUGCUGUGGAUGCCUUGAUUCUGGGUGGUGACUUUGCAUAUGAUUUCAAGGACAAUCAUUCGGCUGUGGGAAACGCAUUCAUGAACACGCUCGAGCCGUUUGUGUCUCGCAAGCCUUUUAUGCCUGCCCCAGGAAACCAUGAAGCACAUGAUGGAAGCUUUCAGCAGUACACGCGGCGUUUCGAGGGCGUGGCCCGCAACAUUGGCAAGCACUCCCAUAGCAACUCAAACUUCUACUAUUCGUACGAUGUUGGACUGAUUCAUUUCAUCGCCAUCGACACCGAGGUGGGUCAAUUGGUUGGCUUUUUUGAGAAACUCGAUAUGAAGCAGGUCUACGAGUGGUACAAUGAGACGCAGGCGUCAAUUUAUCCCUUUCAGCCUGAGGAACAGCUGCAAUGGCUUGAAGCUGAUCUUCAACGAGCGACUGCCAACCGCGAUGUGGUUCCCUGGAUCAUCAUGUACGGGCACAAGGGCUGGCACAUGGACUAUCAACCCGACAAGCAUAACGACCUCAAACCGCAACUCGUGACCAACUUUACCGGCUUUACACGACUGGCGGAGCAGUAUCAAGUGGAUCUCAUGUUGUGUGGGCAUCUGCACAUUUACCAGCGCUUUUUUCCUCUCCUCGGCCCCGCCGUGCACGCUCCUUACCAACCGCCUCAGGAGGUGGAGCGCGAUUGCGUUGAUGGUAACAUUUAUCGCAAUUGCCGCCACAUGACAACCAUCGUUGCCGGCUCUCCAGGCGAUCAAGAGCUAUCUGUAGAGGGCAUGUGCGUGGGUGAGGACGUGGUGGCCCCCAACAUUGUGGGCACGAUGGCCCGCUGCAGUGCCAACUAUGGCUUUGGCGUUUUGAACGCGGUCAACCACACACAUCUGCAGUGGCGGUGGCAGGAGACUGGUCCGCGAUCCCCAUUGAUGGAGCACUUGCCAACCUUGCCACACAGCCCUGAGGUGGACGAGAUAUGGCUGGUGCAGGACGCGCGCACAGCCUCAGGACGCCGGGCUUGA